ACGGAAACCAGCCCCAUGACCAUUAUCCUGGGUUACUGGGACAUCCGCGGAUUGGCCCACGCCAUCCGCCUGCUCCUGGAGUACACAGACUCAAACUAUGAGGAAAAGAAGUACACGAUGGGGGACGCUCCUGACUAUGACAGAAGCCAGUGGCUAAAUGAAAAAUCCAAGCUGGGUCUGGACUUUCCCAAUCUGCCCUACCUAAUUGAUGGGACUCACAAGCUAACCCAGAGCAAUGCCAUCCUUCGCCACAUUGCUCGCAAGUACAACAUGUGUGGGGAGACAGAGGAGGAGAAGAUUCGAGUGGACUUAUUGGAGAACCAGGUUAUGGAUGUCCGCUUGCACAUGGCCAGGAUCUGCUACAGCCCUGACUUUGAGAAACUGAAACCUGGUUACUUGAAGGAAAUUCCUGGAAGGAUGAAGCUCUUCUCAGUUUUUCUGGGGAAGAGGUGUUGGUUUGCAGGGAACAAGCUCACCUAUGUGGAUUUCCUGGCUUAUGACAUCCUUGAUUUGCAACGCAUAUUUGAGCCCCGGUGCCUGGAUGAAUUCCCAAACCUGAAAGAUUUCCUCACCCGUUUUGAGGGCCUGAAGAAGAUCUCUGCCUACAUGAAGUCCAGCUGCUUCCUCCCAAGCCCUCUGUUCCUGAAGCUUGCCGUGUGGGGCAACAAGUAG